UAUGCAGUUAAUGAAAAAGAUCAAUAGGUAACAAAGUAAAUAGAAUAGAAUAAAAGUUUCAUUAUUUCAAAAUUAAUUUAUCUUACACGUUCUAGAUAAAUCAAUGAGUGGUUUUCUAUUCAUUCAUAUGAAAGCCUAAAAGCCAAUUGAGGGAAUAGCCACCUUGUUACAGUUGCCAAGCAACAGUUUAUGAAGUUGCCAUGGCAAAGCUGUUGCCUGUUAUUCACAGUUCUCUGCCGUGUCCCAUUAUAUUAAAUGCAAUGGUACUACUAAUUGUUUUAAUAAAUGUUGUCUCGUAACAAAUAACAGAACACCCAUAUACUAACUUACUAGGUAUUUAGUUUUUUAGAUUUGUUUAAUUGUUGUGGCAUUUGUUAUUUAGUAGAAUAAAACUAGAUUUCAAUAAUGUUAACAAGGAGAGAAAAUCUCCUCAUCAGACCUUGGCAGGAGAGGCGUUACAUCAAUCAUAGGAAUAAAGUAGAAUCGGCUCUGCCAGCGAUCGAUGUACGCCCGCCAGCACAGCGCCAACAUGUGGCGUGCAAGCUGAAGAAGCAGCAGAAGGAAGCAGAGCGGUGUGAGCGUAUACACCAGGACAACUUCACCCUGCUGCAGCACCUCAGCAGCAUCAUGAAGACCAACCGGCUGGACAACUAUUGGGUAGAGGCUCCUCCCAAUUUUCUACAUAGGGUCGGAAUAUAUCAUAUGCGAGAGUAUAAAGAACCAGAUUUAUCAACUUUGGACUUCUCUCAAAACCUCCACUCAAGAAAGGAGAGAUGUCUUGGCUGUAAUCCUAGCCUUAUGCCAAACAAGGUUCGUAUUCCUGAAGAGAGAGUGCCAUGGGAGGCUCCAAGAAAACGAAUUUCAAGAAGAAGUUCUUCUUUUAUGAAUGAGUCCGACAUUUCAGAUAUCAAAGUGAGUACAAAGAAAUCAUCGAGUGAGUCACCAGGUAAGAUCAACACAACCCCUAAGAGUGGACAAAGUUCAGCAGACUUGAGGUUCCCCCUGGUGGAGACACACAGCAUAAGCCUCAAGCAUGGGGCUCUUCAGCUAGUGGUCAACUUUCCUCCGCAGACAACGGUCAAGCUGCGCACUGGCCGCUCUGAGCGACUGCUCCAGUCCGAGUAUUGCGACUGUUCUCGGGCCUCCGAUAAUGGUUCUGUCACCCAAUAAAAUAUUCCUCUUAA